UUCAAAAUGGCGGCCUUUUCUGAUCAAGAAGCAUGUUUGUGGCAAAAUGGUCCAAUUCCAGGCAGAUUUCACGACUUUCCUCGUCAAAGUCCAACCACCUCACACGGACCUUCAAAAAGGAGCAUGUAUCCAGUCACACAAGGCACAUCAGUUCUUGGUGUUUGUUUUGAUGGAGGAGUAGCUAUAGCUGCUGAUACCUUAGGUUCUUAUGGUUCAUUGGCCAGGUUUAGAAACUUGUCUCGUCUAAUGAAAGUCAAUGAAAACACAGUAAUUGGAGCUUCUGGUGACAUUGCUGAUUUUCAAUAUAUUCAAGAUGUACUAAAGCAAAAAGUGAUUGAUGAUGCAUGCUAUGAUGACGGCCAUGGAUACACCCCGAAAUCAAUUUUUUCAUGGCUAACAAGGGUUUUAUAUUACAGACGAUCGAAAUUUGAUCCACUUUGGAAUCAAAUUGUUGUUGCUGGGCAUUACCAGGGGCAAAACUUUCUUGGAUAUGUUGACAGACUUGGAAUUGCGUAUGAAGCACCAUCAGUUGCUACUGGAUAUGGUGCAUAUAUUGCACAGCCACUUCUCCGUGAUGCUCUAGAAAAAAAUCCACAUCUUACUGCGGAAGAUGCUGAAAAACUACUUGUGAAAUGUCUUGAAGUUCUUUACUAUCGUGAUGCAAGAUCUCUUAACAGAUAUGAAAUAGCGGUUGUUAAAGAUGAUGCAGAACCUGUCAUAUCAAAUGUUAAAACCAUUGAAACUAAUUGGGAUGUCGCUCAUUAUGUAAAAGGAUAUGAAUAACUCAGAUGCACUUUCAAAAUCUGGAAGAGAUUUUCUUUGGUAAAAGUUAUCUCUACGAGUAAGAAACAUUUUUUCGUUGAGAAAACAUUCAAUUAUUAUGUAAGUGAAUACUAUUUUCACAAUAUAAA